GUAAAACAUACACCUUUGAAAGGGGGGCGUGCACAGCUAAAGUAACGAGUUGGACAAACAAUUCAGACUUUCAUCGGUAACGCGCACAGUUAGCAGUGCUUGAAGGGAAGACGACUCAUCCAGCCAUGAUUUAUUGCCUCGUUGUUGCUCCCUCCUCCUACUGUAUUUUCCAUUCUUGAGCCGUUAAAAGGCUGAGAAUUCCUCACGAGGGCCAAGCGGGAGUGACGUUGCUGAGAAAAGAGUCGGCAUGAAUUGAGCCCCAUUCUGGUGGGUUUUCCCCCCUCAUGCUUUAGAUGGCGGUACGACCUAAGAGGCACGAACCACGUCUUGUCGCCGCUGGAUUCUACCCAUUGUCUUAAAGCCAAAGAGGAAACGGGACUCGCUUUCUUCCGAGAGCUUCUCGGCCAUCCACGUCCCCUGGACCAGCCCAACCUAUUGUCAGCGAAGAGAACAGGAGCUUGUUUCGUCCUUAGACCUACCCAUUGGAGUUCUCCACUGGAUCGCACCGCAGGAAUUCGAGGCUCGUAGAAUUUGGAAGCCUCCUCCUGGGUGGAUUUGUUCCCUAAUAAGCUUCCUUCAAGCCUUGUUUAACUUAAGUUACAUUUGACUAAGGGGAAAAAAAAACAACCUACGAUAUUCUUCAGAGCCAUCCUUCGCUUUCGUUGAUUUCUGCCCCCUUGAGCAUGCAAGGGGGUGAGGGAGGUUGGAGGUGGGCGUCUGCUUGUUGAGUCUUUUGAUUUUUCCCUCCUGGACUCUCCUAAGAAAUUCGGGAGAGUUUGGCUUGAGUAGCUAGGUUUUGCUUGUUGACACUCUCCCGCACGCACGCAUCCACCCCACGCGUAUGCAAACACACACCCUUCCCUGUUAUUGCGCUGCUGGACUCAGCUCGUUUUUUGGCUUCGUGAGUAGGAAAAGAGUCAGUCGAGGACGCAGAGGAGACGCAGGCGCUUGCCUCUCUUGCUCCUAGUCUGAAUGAAACCGGAUCGAGAGAAAAAGUGACUUUACAGACGGAAUUUAAAGGAAGUGAAGUACAGGGACCGAAGCGUAAAGGAGAGGCCGCCUUUUCGCUGUUCCCCAACCGGCGCACCCGAGAGACCAAAAAGCGCGCAAGCGGCUGAAAAGGGGCAGUUGCCGAGAGGCGUGAUGGCGAGGCUGUGGAAAGCGGAGGUAGUGGCUGCUGGAGCGCUUUUACUUUUGCAGUGCUUGGCUGACCGGGUACAAUUCAUCGGAGCCAUGAAAACGAAGGAGAGUCUCGGUGCAUUUUAUGAAAUGGUUCAGAGGUUCCCUCGAGUGGAGGAAAAAGUGCACAUGGACUCCUACAGAUAUAGCCACAGAUGGAAACGACAUUCGGAAUUGCUCAAAUCAGUGGAUACCAACAGAGCCAGCAUAGGACAGGACUCCUCAGAACCUGGAGGUUUUACAGAUCUACUUCCUGAUGACACGCAUGAUAACACUACGCAAAUUGAGGAAGACAUGGAUCACAAUUAUUACACUUCAAGGAUAUAUGGCCCAUUUGAUUCUUCCAGCCGAGAUUUGUGGGUAAACAUUGACAAAAUGGAAAAAGAUAAGGUGAAGAUUCAUGGAAUACUCUCCAAUACCCACCGACAAGCCGCAAGAGUGAAUCUGUCCUUCGAUUUUCCAUUUUAUGGCCAUUUCCUACGUGAAAUUACUGUUGCAACUGGGGGGUUUAUUUACACAGGAGAAGUUGUGCAUCAGAUGUUAACAGCAACACAGUAUAUUGCACCCUUGAUGGCCAAUUUUGACCCCAGUGUUUCGAGAAAUUCUACUGUAAGAUACUUUGAUAAUGGCACUGCACUAGUUGUUCAAUGGGAUCAUGUACAUCUACAAGAUAACUACAAUCUGGGCAGUUUUACUUUUCAGGCAACUCUUCUCAAUGACGGCCGUAUAAUUUUUGGCUAUAAAGAGAUUCCUAUCUCAGUGACCCAGAUAAGUUCAACUAAUCAUCCUGUUAAAGUGGGGCUGUCAGAUGCAUUUGUGGUUCUCCACAGGAUCCAGCAAAUUCCCAAUGUUCGUAGAAGAACUAUCUACGAAUAUCACAAAGUGGAGCUUCAGAUGUCAAAAGUCACCAGUCUGUCAGCUGUUGAGAUGAUUCCUCUGCCCACUUGUCUUCAGUUUAACAGCUGUGAAACCUGUAUCAUGUCUCAGAUUGGUUUCAACUGCAGCUGGUGCAAUAAACUCCAAAGGUGUUCCAGUGGCUUUGAUCGUCAUCGUCAAGAUUGGGUAGAUAGUGGUUGUCCUGAAGAGUCAAAAAAUAAGAUUUGUGAGAACACAGACACAACUCAAAUGCCUCUUCAUAUCACAACUGCACUACAGCAAACCACAAUGAGAUACAGAAUUUUAACAACUACCAAAGGAACCAUUACAUCAUAUCUGCCAACUAGUCUACCCACGGAAGAUGAUACCAAGAUAGCUCUACACCUAAAAGAUAAUGGAGCCUCUCCAGAUGACAGCACAGAAGAGAAGAAAAGUGCCUCUCUUCACACUGGCUUAAUUGUUGGGAUAUUCAUUCUGGUUCUGAUAGUAGCUGCAGCAAUCCUUGUGAUUGUUUAUAUGUAUCACCAUCCCACCUCUGCAGCCAGUCUUUUCUUCAUUGAGCGUCGCCCAAGCAGAUGGCCUGCAAUGAAAUUUCGGAGAGGAUCUGGACACCCCUCCUAUGCUGAAGUGGAACCAGUUGUGGUCAUCAAGCCUGCAACUCUGCACAGUUCACUGGAGAAGAAGGAGAAGAAGAAGAAGAAGAAGCAAAAUGAAUAGGUUGAAGCAUCACUGUAGUUUCACAGAAUUUUGACAAAAACUUUGACUUAAAGGGACCAAAAAAAAGGGGAGGGUGAAAAUAAAAUUUAUCUUUCUGUGGCAGAAGGAACUGUGACUAAAUAAGUGUGUGCCUAUUCAAUAUCCUGUUCAAAUUUUACUUGUUGGUAGGGAACUUCAAAGGCCCUGUUUUUCUUCUCAAUAUUUUUCCUAAUUUAGUGAAAGAAAGCUGCAAAAGAUUAUGACUUAUUUUCCAUUUCAUACUGUGAAUUCUAUCUGCCAAGUUUAGUAGAAAAAGUUCUAAUUUUAGGAGUAGUGUAAUAUUUAAUUUAAUUGACAAAUAGCAUUCCAUCCUGCAGGAUAAAAAUUGGCCAUAUACUUUAUUAUAAUCUAAGAGACUCAGGAAAAUUUCUUAUGCUAUGAAGUUUAGACAAAAGAUUUGCAAACAUAUAGCCAAUUCUGUAUACUUGGUGUGAUCUUGAGAUGAAAUGUCACCUGACCAAGAAAAACAAAGUCAAACCCAACUCCUCCUAAUAUAGAUUUCCCUAGAAGUUUGUAGUUUAUGGUCAUUGAUUGACUGUUGUAGAAUGCACAACUUGAGGAAAGCUGGUUCAAGCAAAACCUAAAGGGUAAUAAAAAUGGCUUUAAAAAGAAAUAGGAACGUGGUUAGGUAAAGUCAAUAAAGGGGAAGUUGAAUAACAAGUCCUGCAGUUAUUUUCCGAUUUUUAAAAUGAACUUUUAAAGACUUUUAAAGACUGACUUCUCAAAGCCUAUCCAAGGUUUAACUAAGGGGAAAACUGAAAGGGGGGAAUCAAAAAGAUGGUAAAAGGACACAGAUACUGAAACAGCUAGAAGCUAGAAGCAGCAAUAGCCUAGAAAUAGAUGCAGCUACUAUAAUGGUUCAAAGAAAGUCAGUUUAUGAAUACUCCUUCAUGUUUCAAAUUAUGUCUUUUUGCGGGAUUUUCACAGAUAUGUUAGAUGAUGACUCGUCUGUUGGUUCAAUCUCAGGAAAGAAGCGCUUACAUUCUGAGGAAAACGUUUGAUAAGAUCUCCCUUAAAGGAGUGAGAUCUGAUGCCACCUCAGGUCUCCAGGACAAUAGUAACUUACUGCUUGUAAUCUCACUCACAAAAGAAGUUUUUUGGUGAAAUGUUUGCUUUCUGAAGUUUUCCAUUAUCAGAAGAGUUACUGUUGAAUGUGAAAAACAUAGCUUUUGUAUCUGAAUAUCUUUUAUUACUGUAACCAGUUCAGAACAACAAACACAUAAUGGAAAAUUUCUGUAAUAAUCAUAAAGAUAUAACAAGUUUGAAAGAAAAUUGUUUCAAAUGAAACAUUUAUAAACUAUUGGCUUGCUCUUAUUCAGAAGCACAAAUGAAUGUGCCAGUGUUUCAUGUAUAGGUUCGAGGUGUGAUAUUUGUAACAUUUAAAUUUAAUAUCAUUCCAGAGACUUGUUCCUGCCAACAAGAACAGUGAUAAUCUCUCCUAGAACAAUGUUUUUUACAAUUCUGUGGCUUUAAGGACCUUUAGAAAUUAGAAAUAGAUUGAAAUUUUGGACAGAAGCCAUCAGAAAUUCUGCUAUCCUGUUCCCUAACAGUUUCAUUUCUUUAGGAAAUACAAGGAAAUAUAUCUUGUCCUUUUCUGAUUUAUCUUAAGAAAUCAAAUCUAAGUCAAAUUAUAAUUAGAUGAGUCACUGCCCCAAAUUGCUUUUAAAUUAUUUGCGGCAGGAAGUUAUUUCAAAACUGAAAUAUUUUGAAACUUGAAUACUGAUGAAAAACAAAAAAUAUGAGAUUAAUUGGUUUUUGGCUAUCUUCAGAACAUUUAUUCAUGUUUAUCACAUCUUUCCUUCAAAAAUAAAAGACAGAUUAAUUCUCAUUUAACCCUCAGCUACAAAUAUUCUCCUUUAUUGGUACCUCAGAUUAACUGGUUUCUUUUCAGUUGAUAUGAGAAAUCAUGUUCUAUUCAAAGUAGCUAACACCUGAGAAUUGAGCCAACAUAUUAAUCAUUUAUGUUCAUUCUCUUUAACCAAUAGACAUAUUCCUAUGAAUCCUCUGAUUCCAAAUCUGAAAUCUUGAGAAAUAGAUUUAUUGCAGAGUGUACUUGGAUAUAAUCCACAUUCUACUUUACUACACUGCUUGCUAAAUUCUGUUUCUUCCUGUGAAGCAAAAAUUGUAAUGAAAUUACAUCUGGUACUCUUGUAACUCUUUGAUUAUUUUUGUUAUAAUUAAAACAGCUUGUCAAAAAUAAAGAAUCCUUUCAUGCACCAUUGUAUAAGUUCACAUACUGUAGUCACAAAAAAUAUUAAAAUAUAUUUUUCUAAACAUUAAAUGGACAGAAUCUCAUAUCUCUUGAAACUGCUUGUGGGAACAAUUAUCUUUGGAAAUUUUGGCCAAUUACUUUUAUUAAGGUUGGAUGCUCAGUCAGCCUGAUGUUUAGAUUCUGAGAGUUUGAUUCUGAGCAGCUCAGGGUUGAUUCAGCCUUCCAUCCUUCUAAGAUUGAUAAAAUGAGGACCCAAAUUGUUGGGGGGGGGACUUUGUAGACAGCUUAGAGAGGACUGUAAAGCAUUGAAGCAUUAUAUAAGUCUAAGUGCUAUUGCUAUUGAAACAUCCACUAUCCAGACUUUUUUUGUCUUUCUUAUCAACAGAUAUUAAGCCAGAUAUUAUGUAGUAGAGUCUUUUCUGUUGAAUUCUAAAGUCCCAGAACACUUUGGUUUCUUCAUUUUCUAUUAUAUUGUUUAUGGUGUGGUACCACCAGUUCUUGCUUGCAGGCAAAUUGUAUUUCUUGCAAAUAUUCCAAUGUACCAUUGUUGCUACUUUGUGAUGCUAUUGUUUAUAGUCAAUUUAUGCAGUCUUUUUUUGCAGCAGCUACUUAGAUGAUCCACUAUUUCUUCAGCUUCUUUGCAAAGGUAGCAUUUGCUGUCUAUUGUUGUCUUAGUACUACCUUUGUAUGCAUUUGUUCUUAAGGCUUGGUCUUGUGCAUGUUUGGAUAAUCAGAUGCCUAGAAACAACAGCAGUCAGUAGAAACUUUGUGCAAAGAUCAGUGGUACAAUAGAAGACACAGUUGCUGAUCAGUAGUUAUAAUAUGAGAGAGCUAAUAUCAAGGAGAUUCACUGUCAUCACUACUGUGAUGAGAGAGCUAAUAUCAAGGAGAUUCACUGUCAUCACUACUUCAUUGCAUUGAUUAUAUUAUUUAAUUUUAGGUUCCAGCUAACCAUGUUGUCAUGAUCCAGUAAGUGUUAUGUCGAAAACCUGUUAAUUAAAUUAAGUAGAUUCUUACAUAAGGUUCUUAGUUCUGAAAGUGCUAAGUAAAGAGUGGUGGUGGCUAACAAUUUGCAAUAUAAAUUUUGACUGAAAGGAUUUCCCACCUUUAAGACAUUAAAAAGGAUCCACACAGCUUGCUAUAGAAACAUAGUUUCACAGUAAUGAUUGUAUUAAUAAUUUGUGCAUCAAUCUCAGCUGUUCUAAUCAAUACAAGUAAUUUCAUUCAAGAAUUAGCGAAACUUCAAUAACGUUGGACAUUUGCCAAACUGAUACCCUUAUCUUUUGCUAUGAAGAGUA